AAGAUUGUGGGGAUAAUAGGAAACUUCAUCGCUCUAUGUCUGUUCUUGUCACCAACGCCAACAUUUGUCCGGAUAGUGAAAAAGAAGUCAGUGGAGGAAUAUUCACCAAUACCUUAUUUAGCGACUCUCAUAAACUGUUUGGUUUGGGUUCUUUACGGGUUACCAACGGUGCACCCGGACAGUACAUUGGUCGUUACAAUCAACGGAACGGGGAUUUUGAUCGAAAUCGUUUUCCUUACCAUCUUUUUCGUUUAUUGUGGCCGCCAAAAACAACGGUUGAUAAUAUCCGCUGUUAUAGCGGGUGAAACCGCGUUCAUAGCUAUUCUUGCGGUUUUGGUAUUUACUCUCCAACACACAACCGAAAAACGUACAAUGAGUGUUGGAAUCGUAUGUUGCGUUUUCAACGUUAUGAUGUACGCUUCUCCAUUAUCUGUUAUGAAAAUGGUAAUAAAAACAAAAAGUGUGGAGUUCAUGCCGUUUUGGUUAUCGGUAGCUGGAUUUCUAAACGCAGGCGUUUGGACAAUUUAUGCUCUCAUGCCUUUCGACCCAUUCAUGGCUAUACCAAAUGGGAUUGGAAGUUUAUUUGGACUGGCCCAAUUAAUAUUGUACGGUGCCUACUAUAAGUCCACCAAAAAAAUUAUGGCGGAAAGAGAAAAACAACCUGGUUACAUCGGUUUAUCAAGUGCGAUCGCUCAUACUGAAUCUGAGAAAACUGCGAAUACCAACCAAGAACUUAACAAUGUUUAAUUUGGUCUUCUUGUGUUAUUAUUCACCUUCGAUUAUCAGAAUUUUGAAUUUUUCCAUCCAGGAAUUUUUAUGAAUAAGAUGAAAAAUUUCAUUAUUUUGUUAUGUUUUGAACUUCAAACUUUGUAAUGUAAUUUUGAUUUGCGGGGAGCAAUAAACUAUUUUUCAAAGU